GCGCGCAGCUGGAGCAGCUCCUGCUGUCAGCUCCUCAGACUGAGCUCAGUUAGCCCCGCAGCUAAGUGACAGCACCGCCCGGGGAGGGAACAUGGCCGGGCCGCACUGAGGGCGUCAGUCUCACAACCUCACUCAGACUCGGAAGCGAGGCAGAAGGCGGAGAGCUGCGUUUGAGUCCACACUUCACCGCGCGAGGACGACGACGGGACCGACAUUGGAGCUAACGUCGGUUAGCUGGCUAAUGUUAGCUUGCCAGCGCAAUGGCCUACAGCAGCUGUAUCCCAGAUGAUGUAAGGCACCAUUGCCUGUAGAGACUAAGAUGACUGAAGUCCAGGUUACAGUGGAGUUCUCUGUGGAGCUCCACAAGUUCUACAAUGUGGACCUGUUCCAAAGAGGGUUUUACCAGAUUCGUUCCAACCUGAAGGUGCCACCCCGGGUCCCACACAAAGUUGAGACCAGUCUGCUUCACCCGGGAGGGUCUGAUCUGGCUUUUCCUGCUUUAGUCCAAGAUGAUGUUAUCUCCAGCAAAACGUUCCAAAUCCUGUACAAGAAUGAAGAGAUUGUGAUCAACGACGUCCUCCUCUUCAAAGUGAUGAUGCUGCUAGAUGAGAAGAAGGUAGAAGAGUCUCUCAAUGACAUGGAUUUCCAGCUCUUCUUGGAUUUAUACUUCACAGAUGGCGAUUACUCGCCAGAUGAUCCGAGCGCUUUACAGAGUAUCAGUGGCCGCACAAUCCGUUUGCACUUUAGCCUUCAGCGAGGCAUCCACCAACACAUCAAUGUCAUGUUUGACUACUUCCACCUGUCUGUCAUGUCUAUAGCCAUCCAUGCCUCCCUCGUGGCACUUCAUCAACCCCUUAUCAGUUUUCCUCGACCAGUGAAAAGCACGUGGCUGAACCGCAACGCUCCAGCACAGAGCAAAGACUCAGUCAUCCCAUCUCUGGAGAAUGUGGUGUUCGGCAACAGCUACGUCAAGCAAGUUUCGCCAGAUGGCAGGACAUUCCUGGUAACUGACCACUGUCUGCAACAUGCCUUCAGUCUGCACCAGAACCUCUGCUCCAGUCUCCUUCUCGCCUACCAGGGCCUCUUCGGCUACUUCACGUCUAUCACCAAGGACCUGCCCUCCUCCCAUCGUAUGGAACUAGCCAAGCCCAGCAUGCAAGUCCUAUAUGAGAGAGUACUCAGAAGACCCUAUCCCCGAAGUCAAAGCCACGUCUACAUAGAGCAACUUGACUUAGAGGCCCGUCUCGCUGACUUGUGUGAACAAGUUAAGCAGAAGGCUGAGUCCCCAGAUGAGCUGGCAGAGUUGGUAAACAUGAACCUGGCUCAGCUCUGCUCUCUGCUCAUGGCUCUUUGGGGACAGUUCCUCGAGGUAGUGUCGCUGCAGGAGCAUGUCGCUGCCCUCCUGGCUGUGGAGCAUCAUACACUAAGAGUAAGGAGGUUUGCUGAGGCUUUCUUUUGUCUCGAACAUCCAAGACAAUCUGCUUUAGCUUAUCAAGAACUACAUGCUCACAGUCACCAGCAGAUGACUAAUGCUAUCAAAAGCUCCAACUACUUCCUAACGUUGCCUCCGCUUCCAGUGGAAUGUGCGGACCUGGAUGGUGAUGUCAGCUCACUGCCGAUCAUCUUUGAGGAUCGAUACCUGGACUCCAUCACUGAAGAUCGUGAUGGACCCUGGCUGGGAAUGCACAACACAAGGACUGGCUCAGUCUCCAGUAAAACGGAUAAGCCCAGCUCCAAGGACUGCAGUGCAGGUGCCAGCCCCUUACCCGAGUCUCGAUCAGCCUCCCUGGACAACAGCUGGCCAGACAGUUAUGAUCCGCCACCUAAGUCUAAAGGAAAGUCAGUCAAACUAAAGAAAAAUGCAAAGAUUGAUAACUCCAAGAAGUUGAUCAGACAGGGUUCCAAGGACUCAGUAGUUCUGGUGGGCUAUAAGAAUCUCAAAGCUCCUUUUAGUGACCCCAACACAAAAUGCAAGGAAGGGGAGGCUCCUCUAAACCCAGAGGAGGAAAGGGCUACUUUGCUGGGGGACUCAAGUAGUUGUUUAAGGACUAAUGCCAAUUCUACUUUUGACUCUGGUGCCACAGCGGCACAUUCUGAAAACAGUGUUCUUGAUUCUGUCUUAGAUGACAAUAUAACUGCUGCUGCUUCUUUUCAAGAAGGUUCCUUCAAAAAUCCUACAAUCUUGGACACACAGAAUAAUCCUCAGGCAGGUACUGGGGCUGGCACCAUAUGCAACCAACAACUUGACAAAGAUGAGCAAGCUUACCAGGCUGGCCAAAAGCUGUCACAGUGGCCUAGUGGGCUCAAGCAAAUUGAGGUGAAACCAAGUAGCAAGGACCCAUACCAAGGAGAUAAGGUCACUGUUCUUCUACCCUGUCGGACUGACGGGAUUCCAAGGAAUAUUACUCCUGAGAUAACCCAGACAGACCCCUGGGACUCCCAACAGUCUGUGGUGGACUCUGUGUUUGGAAGGCCAGGUAAAGAGGCUGCACAGUGUACCCAGCCCUGCCUGGUCUCAGUACAGGUAAAGAGUGAUUGUAUCCGGCUGCCAGAUGUUGCAGCCCCAAGUGCCUCGUCUCGCCUCUCAGACUCGGGCAUCGAGAGUGAGCCCAGCUCCUUUGCCACUCAGCUUGCUCCAGGACCGCAGACCUCUGCAGGGCUAAGCUUUGCUGAAUCAGUUGUUACUGCCCCACAGCCCGAGAAGCCCCUUUUGAAUACAGCACCAUGGCCUGUUCAGCAGAGCACUGUUCAAAAACCCAGUGGGGAAAUUCUUCACCCAGAAAAUACCAGUGUUGUCAGUGGAGUCCAGUCUUCCCUCACGUCCAUUAAUUCUUUGCCCUCAGAUGAUGAGGGUGAGGGCUCCUCUGGGGCCUCCAGUGGAGCUGAAGUGCGAGGCAGGAAGUCCAGUGUGUUGGUGAAGGAGCAGAGUGUAAUCUUCUCUGGGGAUAUCACCAACAGACCUGCCAUUGCUGCUGUCUCCACCUCUGACACUGGAGCAGUUGAUUCCAAACUUAUUAAAUCUCCCUUUGACUUGGAAACAGAUUCCAAGUUAAUUGUUUCUGAACUCGAGCAAGAAGGAGCAGCUGGUUGUGGGACUGCAAAAGGGUCUCGUAGUGAACCCCACUCUGCCGGCCCUUCCAGUAACUCUGCCACCAGUAGCACUGACCUGGUAAAGCGCGGGAUGGUAGAGAACUACUUUGGCUCAUGCUCAAGCACAGAUGUGUCUGAGAUCAGCCCCUUAGAAACAUCUGCUAUCACGUUGGGAAUACAGACAGGGUCCCCGGCUGAGAAUGACGAGGAUGAGCCAGAGCAUGAGAUGAUCGAGAACGGUUACUACGAGGAAGGGGAUGGUAAUGCUUUUGUGAAUGGCGUCACUGAUGAAGAGCAAACUGGGGUUGGGGAUCCAGCCACUCAAGAGACUAGUCUUCUGUUUGAGCAGCUUGGCAUUGGCUACCUGCAUGAAACAAAGGAUUCAUCCAAAGCUCCCAUCUGCUCUAACCUAGCCUCCAGCAGCGCUAUGCAUAGCUCAGGAAGACCUCGCUGUCCCUCCACCUCCCUUUCUUCCAACCUGCGGUGGUAUGAAUGUGCACCCGCACCACAGAUGAAAGCGUUCAUCAAGUCCAAAGAAGAAAUGAAGCAGCUCAAGCUACCCGGUGUCUUGUACAGUGAUGUGCCUGAGCUGGCAUCCACUGUUCCAUAUUUCAGCUUGGAGGAAGAUGAGAGCUGUGAAGAAGGCAUCCAUCUCAUAGUCUGUGUCCACGGAUUGGACGGUAACAGUGCAGACCUUAGACUGGUGAAGACUUACCUGGAGCUUGGCCUUCCUGGUGCUCGAAUAGACUUCCUAAUGUCUGAGAGGAACCAGAAUGACACCUUUGCUGACUUUGAGUCAAUGACAGACCGACUGCUGGAUGAAAUAGUCCAAUAUAUUCAGAUAUACAAUCUCACUGUGUCAAGGAUAAGCUUUGUGGGUCAUUCCUUGGGGAACCUCAUCGUUCGCUCAGUGCUGAGCAGGCCCAGGUUUAAAUGUUACCUGAGCAGGCUGCACACUUUCCUCUCCCUGUCUGGACCUCACCUGGGCACACUGUACAACAGCUCUGCUCUGGUCAACACAGGCCUCUGGUUCAUGCAGAAGUGGAAAAAGUCGGGGUCCCUCCUUCAGCUGACGUGCCGUGAUCAUUCUGAUCCUCGCCAAACGUUCCUUUACAAGCUCAGCAAAAAAUCUGGUCUGCAAUUCUUCAAGAAUGUGGUGCUGGUGGGUUCACUGCAGGAUCGUUAUGUCCCGUACCAUUCUGCUCGAAUUGAAAUGUGCAAAACUGCAUUAAAGGACAAACAAACAGGUCCUGUGUACGCUGAGAUGAUAGAGAACCUGCUGCUUCCACUGCUUCAGAGCAGAGACUGUAAUCUAGUGCGGUUUGAUGUUAUUCACGCCCUGCCCAACACGGCCAACUCCCUUAUUGGUCGGGCCGCCCAUAUUGCCGUACUUGAUUCGGAGAUCUUCCUGGAGAAGUUCUUUCUCGUUGCUGGCCUCAAGUUCUUUCAGUAGAACAGCGGCAGAUUCAAACACACGGCUGGAGGGGAGGAAUGUGCAGCUAAUACCUCACUGCAUCUAAACAUCAUUCUGUUCAUGGUAUCUAGAUUAUCUCUUGGUUUUUAAAAACAUACAGUUACUUUUCAAAGACAUGAGAGCAAAAUCACAAUUUGACUAAUUUCCUGUUUUAUAGUGGAAUCACAGUGGAUUUCUAUUUUUCUACUGCCAUUUUUUUAAUUUGUUUUUAGUUUUUUGUAUUUGGGAAAUGCCGUCCCUCAUAUGCUAUACUUUCUGUGUUAUUUAUGUCAUAUUUUUAUUUUUAAUAAUUUUUCUCCGAGUUAUUAAAUUAAUUUUGGAUGCUGAACGUAUGGAUGGAAAUUUAGCUGCUACAAAAAUGGAAUGGCUGUUUUGGUGAGCUGGCCCAUAUCAAGUCUGCAAAUACUGUCCUCACCAUUGCACCAUGUCUUUCCACCAACUUUAAGAGACACUGCAUUGAUUUGCACCACAACUACAUUUUAAAAGCUUUUGUACUGAAAAGGGUCAUUUGUACAAGUUACUUUUGUAUCAACGAAUUUCACAAUUUAUCAUGCAUUUGAAACAGAAUUGUUGCUCCGAGUCUGCAGCUUUGGGUUUGGUCUUAAUAUUUGAUGCUGUUCCUUGUCAUUGCAGCAUUCUGCACAUGAAACCCAACCUGGUGUUGGGAGAAUAAAGCUUUGCUACAACAUAACAUUUUACUACAGAGGUUUUAAGCAAAAUUCAGCAAAAGCACAGGUUAUUAAUAUUAACUUGUUUUAUCGAAAGUAUUUGGUUGGUAUUGUGUUUAUACAUGUGUUUAACUGGAAAGUAUUGCUUCGAAAUUUAAAAAGUGUUUCCUGGACAGCUGUUUAUAUAUCAUCAUACUCUACCAUUAAAUAUGCAUAUUCUUCAGUUGGUUAUAUGAUCUUUCUUUCCAGAGUUAUGUUUCCCCUGAUGUAAGAGGGUUAAAUUAGAUUUUCUUUUUUUUUAGCAUUGCAAAUACUUUGAAAGAUUAAAGAAAAAUAUGUAUAAAGAUUA